AUGUUCGUGUGCCGGCGAGGUUUUCCGCUUUGUCUAGUAAUAUCUGUAGGCGCUCCCGGUCGUCGCCGUGCGGAGCGGAACACGAGAGGUGCACACGCGGCUGAGUCAACAGGAAGCGCAGUCCGAUUUCGUGAGAACGGCCGCGACGGAUGCGUUUCACGUGCGAGCCUGAAUUACGAAUGUGCGCGUUCUAUCCGACCGCGAAGGGGCCCGAACUUAGCUAAACGGUUCACCCGAAACGAUAGCCCGUUCGGCGCACAGCAGUAA